AUGCAAGAAGAGUUCAAAACUCCCUUUGAGGAGAUGUCACCAAUUCAGCUUAACAAAUGCCUCCAAAAAUUUUACUUGUCCACACGAAAACGUGACGGCAGUUACUACAAAAAAAAGUCGCUUAUCGCAAUCCGAGCCGCGUUAGAUCGUCACUUAAAAAGUCCUCCGUUUUCAAAGCCAUUUUCCAUUGCUGGCGACAGUCAUUUUAAUGAAGCCAAUAAACCCCUCAGCAAUUUUCUGAAAACUCUGAGCAAAAGUGGCCAAAUAGCUCCGACAGUGCACAAACAAGCCCUAACAAAGGAAAUUGUUGAGAAACUUUACGAAGAAGGCGAGCUUGUUGACAUCGAUUCUCUCCAACCACACAAAGUACAGCAGACGGCCUGGUUCUUCAUCAGUUUAUUCCUCGGAAAGAGAGGUCGAGAAAACCAGCACCUGCUUAAGAAACACAUGCUUAUCUCAAGGGAAGCGGCAAAUGGUGAAAAAUAUCUGGAAAUAAACAAAGAGCGCGGAGCAGGGUUGACGACUAAAAACCAUCAAGGUGGCCUAGAUGAUAAAGAAGAUGAGUCAAACGUAAAAAUAUUUGAAAGACCAGGCUCAAAACGCUGCCCAGUGAAACUCAUCGGGAAAUACCUGUCACAUCUGAGUCCCAAAUGCAGCAGUUUAUUCCAGAAACCAAGAAGCUCGUGCAAAGCGUUUAACCCAGCAACGGAUCUUGUGUGGUACUGCUCGAGUCCACUUGGCCACAACACGCUUGAAAAUAUGCUACGAAGAAUGACAUCAAGAGCUGGAAUAAAGCCACAUCUAACAAACCACUCGAUCAGAGCGACCACUGUGACGGUUUUGUCGGCUGCAAACAUCGAGAGUCGGUACAUCAGGGCAAUAACCGGCCACCAAAGUGAAGAAAGCAUCAAGAGCUAUUGUGAUACGCCGACAUUCGAGCAGUUUAAAAGAAUGUCAAACGAGCUAAGUGAAUUCUUCGAUCCAGCUGGUGGCGAUGACAAGGCUGUUACAGUCCCUCAGAAAACCGUUGCGUCGUCAUUGAGCCAGCCGCAAUCAGUAGCUACGAGCACUGCAAAUUAA